GUCACGCUAUAGGUUUUCAGCACUGUCAGUGCAUUUUGGAAUACAGCCUUUAAAGGAAGUUAGCCAUCUUUGAACCCGGAAGCGGGCAUGUCACAUCCGUCUCGAUCGUGCAAUAGUGACGUAGAGGGGUUAACACAAAAUAGGUUCCUUGAUGGCACAUAAGAAACUGUGAGGCCCAUUAAAUUGUAGAAAGGAGCAGUCGGCGAUUCGGUAUCAAUUGAGCACACGUAACGUUAAUGGCAGAGGAACAUGUUUACGGUUAUAAUCCGACGGUCGGAGUCAAUGACGAUGCCAGAGAUGAUACGAGCAAGAUAAGAUUAAAAGUAAUCGCUGGGCAUCAUUUAGCUAAAAAAGAUAUUUUUGGUGCGAGUGAUCCUUAUGUACGCGUGGACUUGAAUACAAUAAAUGGCGAUCAAACUGUGGAUUCUGCACUUACAAGAACUAAGAAGAAGACAUUAAAUCCUGUCUGGGAAGAAGAAUUUAUAUUUAGGGUGAAACCAGUGGAACACAAAUUGGUUUUACAAGUUUUUGAUGAAAAUAGAUUAACAAGGGACGAUUUUCUUGGUAUGGUGGAAUUGACAUUGAUUAAUUUACCAAAGGAGCAAGAAGGCCGUGUUAUUCCUGCUAGGAAUUAUGUACUUCGUCCCCGUAGUAAUCAUUCCAGUCAGCGAUCGCGAGUUAAAGGAACGUUGGAAUUGUAUCAUGCAUACAUUUCCGACUCAUCUAAUAUUGAAAAUGACAAUGGAGACGUAUCUGAUUCGGGUGGGUGGGAAUUAGUGCAACCAGAGAAUAACAGUCCAGUGGAACAAGCUGCAGAGAUUACAAUGGUUAAUAGGCCAUUACCGCCAGGAUGGGAGGAAAGGCUAGAUGCAAAUGGUCGUACAUACUAUGUUAAUCAUAUAGCACGUUUCACACAAUGGGAACGACCAGAACCAGAUACAGCAGCGACAACAGUAGUUGAACAACGUAAUUUGGAUACGGCAGCAACUGAAUUUCAACGACGGUUUCAUAUCAGUGCUGAUGACGAAGGCAGACAUAGGAAUUCAGUAGUAAAUCAGGAUGGUGAAGUUCUACGCGAGGACGAUGAAGAUUCGGAAGCAAGAGAUUGUGAGGGUGGGGAUCAUAGGGGAGGGGGUAUUGGGGAUACUUCUUCAGACUCUGGACGCUCCGUCGAUCAACGUGGCUACCUUAGUGAAUCUGAAGAACAGACUGAUGAUAAUGUUGAUAGUCCGGCUGGUUCGAGACGUUCAUCAGAGCAGAUUGAAAGUCCCAAACCUACUCUUCCCGUGUCUAACGAUGAAGGAUUGCCUCCUGGUUGGGGUAUGCAGGUAGCACCUAAUGGCAGAAUAUUUUUUAUUGAUCACAAUGAGAGGGCGACAACCUGGAUUGAUCCCAGAACAGGGAGACCAAGUUCUAUACCUAAUCACAUUGCACCAUCGACGACAUCUAGAAGUGACCUAGAUCAGUUAGGACCACUUCCAGAAGGAUGGGAAGAAAGAGUACACACCGAUGGACGAAUAUUCUUUAUUGAUCACAAUACAAGAACAACACAAUGGGAAGAUCCACGAAUGUCUAAUCCUCAAAUUGCUGGCCCGGCCGUGCCGUAUUCCAGGGAUUAUAAGCGUAAAUAUGAAUAUCUAAAAUCACAACUAAGAAAGCCUAAUAACGUUCCUAAUAAAUUUGAGAUCAAAGUCGGACGGAACAAUAUUUUGGAAGAUUCGUAUCGUAUUAUAAGUUCUGUCAACAGAGUCGACAUUUUAAAGACGAAACUAUGGGUAGAAUUUGAAGGCGAGGUAGGCUUAGAUUACGGUGGCCUUGCAAGAGAAUGGUUCUUCUUAUUGUCUAAGGAAAUGUUCAAUCCAUAUUAUGGACUUUUUGAAUAUUCUGCAACAGAUAAUUACACACUCCAAAUUAAUCCUUGUUCUGGCGUAUGUAACGAGGAGCAUUUGAAUUACUUUAAAUUUAUUGGACGUAUAGCAGGAAUGGCUGUUUACCACGGCAAACUUUUGGAUGCCUUCUUUAUCCGACCAUUUUAUAAAAUGAUGUUGGGUAAACCAAUUGAUCUGAAAGACAUGGAGAGCGUUGAUUCUGAAUAUUAUAACUCUCUUCUGUGGAUUAAAGAAAAUGAUCCUAGUGAAUUAGAACUCACUUUCUGUCUUGAUGAAGAAAGCUUUGGCCACACUUCCCAAAGAGAGUUAAAACCAGAUGGUGCUAACAUCCCUUUAACAGAUGAAAAUAAGGAUGAAUAUAUAAGUUUAGUUAUACAGUGGCGGUUUGUAUCUCGUGUGCAGGAACAAAUGAAUGCCUUCUUGGAAGGCUUUAAUGCUCUUAUACCACCAACUUUGGUAAAGAUAUUUGAUGAACAUGAACUGGAAUUGUUGAUGUGCGGUAUACAACAUAUUGACGUAAAAGACUGGAAGCAGAAUACUUUAUAUAAAGGAGAUUAUCAUGCAAAUCACAUUGUUGUGCAAUGGUUCUGGAGAGUUGUUCUAUCCUUUAGUAAUGAAAUGCGUUCUAGAUUAUUACAGUUUGUAACUGGCACAUCACGUGUUCCAAUGAACGGAUUCAAAGAACUUUAUGGCAGUAACGGACCGCAAUUAUUCACAAUCGAAAGGUGGGGUACACCGGAAAAUUAUCCAAGAGCUCAUACAUGUUUUAAUCGUAUUGACCUUCCUCCGUAUAAAAGUUAUCAACAACUCAGGGAUAAGCUAGUUAAAGCAAUUGAAGGUUCUCAAGGCUUUGCUGGAGUAGACUAGCACGAAAUACCUUUAUUCAUGAUGAUAUCUGUAAUAUAAUGUAUAUAUUACAUAUACAUACAUAUAUAUAUAGAGAUACACAGAAAAGUAUAUUAUCUUAACAUGAUUCAUAUCUAUUUAAAAAUUUCCUGCACUUUAACGAUUUAAUUGUCUCUUAAUUAUGAGUGACAACAUUAAAACAAAUUGAAAACAAUACGUUAAAAAGUUAAAAUUGCUUUUUCUAAAUAACUUUAACAAACAUUUCAGCAUAUUACACUUUUCAAAAUACCCAUUUAAUGAAAAAUGCAAAAUCUAAAAUGCCGCUAAAACUCACAGUCAAAUCUUAACUAAUCUCUACUUUUAAAGAUAUGCCAUAUUUUUACUACCGCAACUUCUGGAUUUCUUCUAAGAAGUGAUUUGGCUGCUAUAACAAUGUGAUAUUACAAUAUUGAUUUAUUAAUUGAUUAUUCUUAUUUGUUAAUAAUGUCAAAAUGUUGUUGUGAAAUAUAAAUUGUAGAAAUGGUUGUACACUAUAGCAAAAUGGACACGAAUUCUUUUAAGGUGACAUUGUAAUCAUGUAAAGACAAUGAACAAUUAAUAUCGUUUUGUGACUUGAAAGGAAAAAAACGAAUAUCUUAUUUCUGCACAUAUAUGUGUAAUAUAUCUUCGUUAAAUGAUUAAAAUUGUAAAAGUUUAUUUUAUGAAAAGCACAUGGCUAAAAUCAGGCAUUUCUAAUAUUUUAUAAUUUUCACUAUAUUUUUAUGGCACAAAUUUAUGGUGAACUCCACUUCUUUUUCUUAUCUUUAACAAUACACACUUUAACUUUGAAUUUUCUCUUUUCACACAGUGGAUUAAUGAAUUGAUUAUGAUUCUUGUUGAAACAAAGAUAAAACACUUGUGUAUUUUACAUGCAUACAUAUAUAAACUGACUUAUCUUUCUUUAUUUAUGUAUGUAUAUUGUUUUUUUUAUGAUAUUUUUUUGAUUAUUAAAUGAUGGAAAGUAACAUCUAUUGAAAAAGAAAUUGUAUUAAUCAAGAGCGUAUACUCUAAUAAUGUACAGAGAAGUAUAAAAACAAUUGUUUGUUAUUGAUUACGUUGUUAGAAGAAAAGGCAAGAAUCGAUACAAUUGUUAACUUGAUCGAAAAGUUAAUAAAGUUCAAUUUUUAUUUCAAGAAUCGUAUUUUAUAAAUGAGAUAGAAAUUGGCUCGUUUUUUGAAAGUUCUAAAUAAGAGUAAAUAAGCCAGUAUAAGCCUUGUUUGUUUGGUUUUCCUCCAAUGUUAGAAAUUGCUUACUGUUGAUGUUGGAAUUGUACUUGUCUAAAUAGACCUGUAUUUGUAUUCAAUCAACAUUUGUAUUUUGAAGAGAAUAUUCUUCAUAUUAUAUCUUUGCACGGAUAAAAUGUCUGCCAGUUUGUAUUAAUCUAAUUGUCCUCUACUUAGAUUAUUCUUACUUUAUUUUAUAUUAAGAAAUAUGUAAUUUAGAAUAAAUUGUUGUAAGAAAAUAAAUUCAUAUUAUUUUAUCGUAUCAAUGUAUGAACUGGACAUGUACUGGGCAAUGUAAGAUUUUAAACACACACAAAUUUAUUUUUCAGACAAAUUACGAAUUAGUGAAUUGAGUUGAUUGGUUACAAAUGAUAUCAUUAAUCUUAUUCAUGCUUGCUUGUUCUUCUAAUUUAUAAGGAUAGUUUAAGAACAUAUGCUGUAUUCAGAUAAUGCAAUACAACUGUAUACAGUUUAUUAAACAAAACAUCAUUAAACAAAGGAAUAAGUCGAUUACAAACUGUUUCCACAAAUCUAAUUGUUUGUAUAUUUUGUCAAUAUCUUAGUAUGAUACCCGAUAUAGUCUCGAAAAUAAUAUGAAGAUUACUCUUUGUCAAUAAAUGAAGAUGGCGAAAUUGACAUCAGAUAUGAAUGCCUAUCUUGUAUUAUAACAUUUAUUAGCACACAGAAUUAGCAUAUGCAUUCUAAAGUAUACAGAGUUGAUAAUAACAUUCCAUCCUAUUUGUACAGCUUAUUUUAUUGCGAACAAAUACGUCCCAUUAGAUAAUAAAUAAUAUUGUCAUGGCAGAAAUUUUGUGGCCUUAAAUUCUGAUUAUGAGAUUUCUUAUUUUAAUAAGUCUCUCGUUCGUAAAAUCUAGAUUUCUACGAUAAUAAGAUGCGCUAAUUAUUCGCUGAUAAGAGAAUAUCCUUUUGUACUCCUUCAUAUCCAUAUUAGAUUUGCAAAGAAAUAUAUAUAGAAUUACAUUUAAUAUGUUAGUACCGAUUAACUUGAAAAUAACAAGUUUAUUUCAAUGUAAUCUAAUAUGUUAUGAAGUGCGAAUAAAACCAUCAGCUCCUUGGAGUAACAAACAACCAGCGCGUAAUCUUCAUAAAAUGAAGAUUAAAACAAAUUAAACAUAUACAGUACAGUGUUCUCUGAGUCUGUUUUUCACAACUAUUUGUUUUUCAAUCUCUAUUUUUUGCAACAUAAUCAAGCAGAAAGCAAUGUCUCUUGAUUUUUCAAAUAUAUCUUUACAGAUUUACUUAUUACUUUACAUAUAUGUAUACAGAUAUAUUAUUCGACACAUGUUCUAUGAAAUUCAUAAUUUGCAAAUAGCCGCAAAUAAUAGAAAUUGCAUAUAAUGUUAGAUGGACUUACAGAACAUUGUCUGGCUGUAAGGCAGACGAUGCGAGAGACUCGUAAAUUUUUGUAAUUUAGUAUGAGUAUAUGCUCUAUAUUUUCUUGUAUUAUACUUAUAUAUAUUCCUAAACGAAACGCUAGAAAUAUGAAAGCAGUAAUGAUAAGACGCCCAAUGAAUUUAAUAGUCGCAAUUGGUAUUCUAUAUAUUGCAUAAAUGUUUUUACAGACAACAAUGUUAAAAUUGUAUUUAAUUGUAUUUACUUGUAAAUCGAUGAUAUCAAAAACAAAAAAAAAGAUUUUAGAUUUAUACAUUACCAGAUAGAUAUUUUGUUUUUGAAAAUGACAGCAUUUAUGCUUGAUCUAUAUAAAUAUCUUUAGCCCAUGAAA